GGUUUCAUACUAUCUCAUAUGGAAAAAACAAAAAGACCAUGAAUAGUGGGGUUUGUGUCAGGGGAACCACUUUAAAUGAUGAUGAGUUGGAUUAUUAUGGGCAAUUGAAAAAAGUUAUCGAACUUCACUAUUUUGACUCAUCUGUUCCUCAGUCAGUGAUUUUGUUUAAUUGUGACUGGUAUGAUUUGAACAAAGGCAUUGUGAUCCAUCCGUUAUCUCAUAUAGUUGACAUAAAUCCUCAAUUUAAACUACAGACAAAUGAACCUUUCAUCUUAGCAAGUCAAGCUCAACAAGUGUUCUACACUUCUUAUCCAUCUAGAAAUCCUCGUAGGAGAGGGUGGUAUGCUGCAUGUAAGAUUAGGGCUAGAGCGAUAAUUGACACUUCAUCUCUGUGUGAUUGUGUAAAUGAUUAUUAUCAGGAUGAUGAUCCUCCUAUGCCGCAGUUGGUGCAACCCUCAACUAUUGUAGAUGAUCAUGUUUCGCUAGCAUCUCCGGGAGGAGAACGAGUGGUGAUUGGUGAGGAUAUGCAAUUAUCUUAUGUGGUUGAACAAAAUGAGGAAGAAUGUGUGGAUGAGGAUGAUGAGGAAGAAGAUGAGUUUGAGGGGACAGAAACACCAGAAGAAGAAGUUCCAGAUUACUUAACUGAGAAUAUGGGACGAGGUACUCGAGGUGAAUCAUCGUCUAAAGAAGCCAGUAAUACAUUGGAUAAAGCACAAAAGCAACUUCGACGUCUUAUUCGUUGGCCUCGUAAGGCUGCUCCCACACAGCAGCAGAUGCCCAGUUUGAGUCAGCCUCCCUCACAGCAGCAAUUGCCUACUUUGAGCCAGCCUCCCUCAUGGCAGCAGUUGCCUAGUUUGAGCCAGCCUCCCUCACAACAGCAACUGCAGCAACAACAGCCCACUUUGACCCCCCCAGUCACACAGCUGCACCAGCAACAGUUGCUUACUUGGACCCAUCCACUAUCGCAAGUGCAGCAGCAGCCUCCAUUGCCUGAUCAGGAGCUUGGUGAUGAGGCACCAAUGGAGGAGGAUGCGGAGGAGCUGGUUGAAGAGCGUAACUUAGAAGCUAAGCUUGCUGGUGAGUAUGAUCAACUUGAUCCUGAGUUGGAUGCUGCACUUGAGGAGGAGCUAUCUCAUGCUGUCCAAAAGACAGGACGUGGCAUGGAUAAGGGGGACGAAGCACCAGCGGAUCCAAGUCAGAGAAAACUGCUCAAAAUAAAUCAGCGUGGGUCAUUUAGCAAUGAGAGAUUUGGCAGGACAGCAACAGUUAUAUGGAAGUUUUUAUAUGAUGAACCUGUGCUUUUCUAGACUAAUUGGCCAAAGGAAAAGAAGAGGCUUGCAUGGGAGAUGUUCCAGGGAGAAAGUUGAUAUUUUAAGGGAAACUCUGGCCCUUUUUUUUAGAAAAUCAAAAAUUUUAAAAUUAAUUUACAUUGGUUGCAAAUUAGACAACUUCUGCUAUUUCUAACCAAAACAUACGCUCCCUGCAUACUGUGAUGUUUGCCGGAGCUAGCUCCUUGUCCUUUUCAGUUUUGCCCUUCAAAACUGUGGUUUGCCAUACUCGAAAACCCCAAGAACAAUAAAUCCUCCUCAAAGUCCCAAAUUUUAGCUUUUGGAGGCUAAUCAACCCUGCUCAAGUUU